UUGCAGGCAGCCAGGGGCAACUUGCAGGUAGAUUUUUCAGUGAAUCUUACUGCUUUGUUGAUUCCUGUUGUCUCAUCAGUCAGUGUUUAAAAAUGUAUUUCGAGGCCUAAGCUGAAAGGCAUCGUGUGAACAAUGAAAAGUAGCCCUACACGCAAAUAUGAAAAUUUUUCCAACGACCAACAAGGGAAAGACACGGAUAAAUAUUCCCUAGACAGCCAGGACACCGCCAGUGUGCAUUCGAACGCGGAGGAAGGUGGAGGGGGGCAGGUACCCGACGUGAGCGCAGGCGCCGGCGACAUGUGGAUCAGCGCCGUGGAGAGCUCCAUCCUCUCGUGGGAGGAGGCGGCUGAGCGGCUGAACGUGGACGUCCGCCGCGGCCUCACGUGGCGCGAGGCCAGCGACCGCAUGAACUUCGUGGGCCCCAACGAGUUUCAGGUGAAGGAGGAGGACCCGCUGUGGAAGAAGUACAUUGAGCAGUUCCAGAACCCGCUGAUACUGCUGCUUUUGGCCUCUGCAGUCGUCAGCGUAUGCAUGAAACAGUUCGACGACGCGAUCUCCAUCACGGUGGCCAUCAUCAUCGUGGUGACGGUCGCGUUCGUGCAGGAGUACCGCUCGGAGAAGUCCCUGGAGGAGCUGAACAAACUCGUGCCACCGUCAUGCAAUUGCUUCCGAGAAGGCAACCUCGAACACUUCCUUGCCAGGAGUCUGGUGCCGGGCGACAUCGUCCACCUCAGCGUCGGCGAUAGGGUGCCCGCGGACCUGCGACUCUUCGACUCCACCGACUUGGCCAUAGACGAGUCGUCGUUCACGGGUGAAACUGAGCCCGCUCAGAAGAACACGAUGCCCAACAAAGCGUCCGCCGGCAGGGUGAACAAGGAUAAUAUAGCGUUCAUGGGCACCCUAGUCAGAUGCGGCAAUGCGAAGGGCAUAGUAGUGAGCACAGGCGAGCGAUCAGAAUUCGGUGACAUAUUCCGCAUGAUGCAAGCGGAAGAGGCCCCAAAGACACCCCUGCAGAAGUCCAUGGACACCCUGGGGGCUCAAUUGUCCAUGUAUUCCUUCUGCAUCAUCGGCUUCAUCAUGGUCUCCGGCUGGUUACAAGGGAAGGCGCUUCAAGACAUGUUCACCAUCAGCGUUAGUUUGGCGGUAGCCGCUAUACCAGAGGGUCUCCCGAUAGUGGUGACUGUGACCCUGGCUCUGGGCGUGAUGCGUAUGGCCAAGAGGAACGCGAUCGUGAAGAAACUGCCCACGGUGGAGACCCUGGGCUGCGUCAACGUGAUCUGCAGUGAUAAAACUGGCACCCUUACCCAGAAUGAGAUGACCGUGACCACGAUAUCAACGUCCGGUGGUCACAUCGCCGAGGUCACAGGAACCGGAUACAACGCGUGCGGCGACGUUCAGCUCAGAGCUUACAAGGGGAGGGACCUGGAUGUCGCCAGGAUGGGGGUUCAAACUAUGCUGGAGGUGGCAGUGGUAUGUAACAACGCUGUGAUACGCAACGACACGUUGUACGGCACUCCGACAGAGGGCGCUCUGGUCGCGUGCGCAAUGAAGAACGGCAUGGAGCAUGUUCGCGAGAAUUACACACGGCUGCAUGAGAUUCCGUUCAGUUCCGAAACGAAAAUGAUGGUUGUGAAAUGCGCGCCAAAAUUCAACGACGGCAAACUCAAAGAGGAGGUGUUUGUGAAAGGCGCCGUGGAGAAAGUUCUGCCGCUUUGCACCAAGUACGUGGAUAGUGCCGGCAACUACGCCCCCAUGACUAAGGACAAGCAGAACGAUUUCCUCAGUGAAGCUUAUAAUAUUGGACGGAUGGGACUGCGCACUAUCGCUAUGUGUCGCGGCGACAGCCUGGAAGCGUUAACUUACACCGGAGUGUGUGGGGUUUGUGAUCCCCCCCGUCCCAAUGUAAGGGCCGCCGUGGCUACGUUACGCCGAGGGGGGGUCGAAGUUAAGAUGGUCACUGGAGACGCUAGACCCACUGCUUUGGCUGUUGCACAGAUGGUCGGGUUAGACGUCCUACAUUCCCAGUCUUUAUCUGGGGAACAACUUGACACUAUGUCUGACGAUGAGUUGGAUAGAAUCAUUGACACGGUGAGCGUGUUCUACAGGGUGACACCAAAACACAAGCUCUCUAUAGUGAAGUCUUUGCAGAGGCUUGGCAACGUUGUCGGUAUGACAGGUGAUGGAGUGAACGACGGUGUGGCGUUGAAACGUGCCGAUAUCGGCAUUGCGAUGGGCAAGAACGGCACCGACGUGUGCAAAGAAGCCGCCGACAUGAUACUGGUCGACGAUGACUUCGCUACCAUCAUAGCUGCAAUCGAAGAGGGCAAAUGCAUAUUCUACAACAUACGCAACUUCGUGAGGUUCCAACUCUCCACGUCCAUCGCUGCACUCUCUCUCAUCGCUCUAGCCACUUUGAUGGGCAUCCCCAAUCCGUUGAACGCCAUGCAGAUAUUGUGGAUCAAUAUUAUUAUGGACGGCCCCCCGGCGCAGUCGCUGGGCGUGGAGCCGGUGGACCACGAGGUGGUGGCGCGGCGGCCGCGCGACGUGACGCGCCGCAUCAUCUCGCGCGCGCUGCUGCUCAACGUGCUGCUGUCCGCCGCCAUCAUCAUCGCCGGCACGCUCUGGGUGUUCAACAGGGAGAUGUCGGACAACAAGAUAACGCCGCGCGACACGACCAUGACGUUCACAUGUUUCGUCCUGUUCGACAUGUUCAAUGCGUUGUCGUGUCGCUCACAGACCAAAUCAGUGUUUCAAGUCGGACUGUUUUCUAACAAAAUGUUCCUGAUAGCCGUGACUCUGAGCCUGGUGGGGCAGAUGCUAGUGGUGUACUUCCCGCCGCUGCAGAGAAUCUUCCAGACCGAAGCCCUGACGUCACAUGAUCUCAUAUUCCUAGUCUGCCUCACGUCCAGCGUCUUCAUCGUAAGCGAAGUCAAGAAAGUGAUCGAACGCGCACUGAAGAAGCGUUCGUUCGGUAAGUUCGCCACGAAGUCGCACGACGCGAUGGAUUUCGUAUGACACGAGACGCAGAGGAAGGCGCAGUAAGCUCGCCACGGCGCGUGCGCGGCUACUGUCGUUGUGACAGUGACAGCUGUCAAUGCGACAGUUUCCCGCGCGAAAUUAAAAUACCCGGUUCGAUUUCGAACGCGGGAAACGCACGGGGUGGCAACGACGCGUGCAUUUACAGUGACAAUAGCCGGUGCGGCAACAGUGGACAGGACGGACCGUUCUCGAUUAGCGACGGCAAAAUCGAUAUUCCUAUUCGUUUUUAAAUUGUUUUUUUUUUCGCUCGCUGCCCGCAGUAUUCUCGGUGUUUUUUUAAGAGUUAAUUUAUUUAUUGUUAUGCAUAAGUGUUCUAGUGAAUUUUUGUUGUCAGUGAUUUUUUUAUUCGAUUAGUGUCGCUUAGAUCUUUCGGGUGUAGUGUAAGUUUAUUGUGGUUUUUAGACGCGAUUCUUGUCUUUGUGUUUGAAUUAUGAUUGGUGAAAGAAUUAUGCAUGUUUUUGUAUAAGACAUGAAGUUUUAAUGUUGCAAACUAUUGUAAAACCUUGUGUUAUAGCACAUAGUGGUAAUGUUUAUGGCAUGUACAUAAAAAUGCAUGUCGGCUUUUUUAUUAGUUUUUGAUGUGAAUAGUGAGGUUUUUAGGAACAAGCUUGUAAAACAGAAAAUUGUCUUACAAUUACAAUUUCAACUCCCUAUAUAUGUUAAAAAUGCGACUACAUAUUAUAAUAAAUGCUUAAUUUCUAAGAACUUUAAUUUGAUAUUAGAGUAAAAAAUUUGAAUCUUGCAGGUAGGUUUUGCAUGUACAGUUGGGAGUGAAAAAAAACUAUCUCGUUUUAUAUGGCAAAGAGUAGGAGGGGGGUCAGAUUUAUUUGUCACCGACUGUACUGUUAUUAUAGAAUUAGUAUAUAAUAAUGUCGGAUCAUACAUUUUGACUCGCGUUUUAAAUCAUUACACAAUAUCGGCUUAAAUCAAAGUACGUUUAUCACAUAAUUAUUUGAUGAUAACAAUAAAUAAUACCCUUAUUUCAUAUUGA